UAUUGAAGAUAUGAAAAAACAAUCAAGUGAAUAUUUUGUAUCAACACAGCCAUCCACACCAUCUGUUAGUAGUUCUAAUCGUACUACACCCAGCUCUAAUCUAUCGAGCCCUAAUCCUAGUCAUGUAAUGGUAGUGCCCCUCAACCCACCAAAUCAACCUGUCAGCCCUUCAUCUUCUAAUGUGGAAGUUCUUAUUCCAGAAUUAGUUCCUAAUGGCGCUAAUGAUGCCAGCCCUGGUGUUCAAAAUGUUUCUAUUUCACAAACAUCGACAUUUUUGCAACCAAUACCAACUCUGAUAAAAGAGAAAAUACCAGGAAAUCGUAUAUUUGAAGAUAAACCUAAUCCUUGUUAUGUGAUUCCAUCAGUUAAUGUAUUAAUAGUAGACGACAACCUAAUUAAUCAAGCAAUUUUAUCAAAAUUUAUGAGGCGGAAGAAUAUCAAAUACGAAUGUGCAUAUAAUGGUCAAGAAGCCGUUGAUAAAUGGAAAAAGGGCGGAUUCAAUUUAAUCUUGAUGGAUAUCAAAAUGCCUGUAAUGGAUGGAAUUGAAGCGACGAAGACAAUUAGACGCCUAGAGAGAUUACAAAAGACAGGCGUCUUUCCUUGUACACCACCGGCAUUUCCGACCUCAUCACCACCGUUAUCAAAUUCAUCCUUUAAACCGACUUUCAUAAUAGCCUUAACAAUAGCAUCAUCGUUAGCAUCCGACAGGCAAGAUAUUCUGGCUGCAGGGUGUAAUGAUUUUCUAAUCAAACCUAUAAGGUUUAGAUGGUUGGAUAAAAAGAUUAAUGAACAAAGAUGUACGCAAACCUUGAUAGAUUUUGAAGGGUGGAAAAGGAAAUACAGAUGA